AUGUCACGAAUUGCUGGUAUCCUAGGGAAAGAGGAUGACCGUGGGCAGUUUGCAGCAGAGUUGAAAGAGGCGUGGAAAGACUUUCAAGAUGAAUAUGUCACUCCCAACGGUCGCAUCGCUUCAGACUCCCAAGCCGCAUACGCACUCGCGAUUUGCUUUGAUCUGCUAACGCCCAACCAGCGAGUCCAUGCUGGCAACCGACUGGUAGAGCUAGUCCGGAAAAAUGAAUUUAAGAUCGGUACCGGUUUCGCGGGCACUCCAUAUUUGUGCGAAGCACUCACACUCACCGGACACAUUCAAGUCGCAUACUCUAUGCUUCUAGAAAAGAAAUGUCCUUCGUGGCUUUAUCCAGUAACAAUGGGUGCCACCACGGUGUGGGAACGAUGGGACAGCAUGUUGCCAGACGGUAGCAUUAACCCCGGCGAAAUGACCUCGUUCCAACCACUAUGCCUUUGGCGCCAUUGCCAAGUUUCUCUUGGAGAGGAUCGCAGGCUUACAGAGGCUCGAACCGGGUUGGAAACACUUCCGUGUAGCGCCAUCUAUCGGAGCAGAGCUUACUUAUGCCUCUGCGUCUCAUGCCACGCCGUAUGGCCAAGCUUCGUGCUCGUGGGAAACAACCCAUGUCGAGGAAGGUCUGCAUAA